AAUCAGUUGAUUCCGUUGGAAAAAAUGCGUUUAUUCUCCGUGUAAAUAAAGGCAAAUGCUUUCUUAUUCUCUGUAUUAAAUGUUGCCAUGGUGAUGACUAAAGCUGGGGUUGUCCAAUACUUCAUGUUAUACGAUCGUAGUAGUUGAUUUUAACUAGCAUUGUUUACUACAAACUGUGCUAUAAAACAUUUCAUAUUUUCUGUCCAAAAUUUACUUUGAAUCUACAUAAAUGCUUUAUAUUUCGUAGUCAACAAAAUGUCGAAAUCUUGAGCAAGCUGUAUAGAGAUGAGCACUUCAAAAAGACAGGCUAAAUCAUCUCAAAAUGUCCAACAGCCAGACUCGGAUGAUAUCGAGGCGGAUUACUACAGACGUGCUCGCGACGACGAAUAUUCGGAGGGGAAGUCAGCGGACUUGAGCGAUGACGAAGAGUACGAGGAAGAGAUUGAUGAUGAGGGUAAUGAUGUUGACGAGGUGGUAGAAGAGGAUAUCGAGGACGAUGAUGAGGAGGAGGAAGAUGAGAGCGAAGAAGAAGAUACUCUCACCUCAGAGGUUUUUAAAGUCCAAGUUCUCAGCGACUUUAAUGGCGAACAGGCCAAUGAUUUGAGCAUCAAAACAGGGGACGUUCUGACGAUUAAGGAAAUGAGGAAAGAUGGCUGGUGGUUAGCUGAAGAUGCCUCGGGAAAUAUCGGCGUUGUUCCAAAGACACUGAUUGAGAGGAUACCCAGUUCACCCACAGAGAGGCCUGCAAAUGAGAAGAAGAUGAGCAAAGAAACAGCAGAGACGACAGCAAACGAACCCAAGAUUCAGAAAACCAGAAGCGGAGCGGAACUCUGGGGUAAAGUGAAAGAAAAGAAGAUUGAUAAGAAAACCAGUGUCACUGAUGUUCUUAAGGCGAUGGGAGCGAUGCCGUCUGGAUUUCGUAAACCAACGUUAGGAAAGCUUUUGAAAGAAGAGGAACAUCGCAUUGCAGCGUGGGUCUAUCCUAAACUCACCGCUUCAAACCUGGCAUUUCGCGACUUGCAUUUGGAUCCAGUUGAGGGAAAGCUGCGCAGUUUUCCUGUGAGAAUAACCAGACAUUGUUCAAUUUUGUCUGCGAGAAUGGUCCCUCGUGUUGGUACAGGCGUAAAAGUCAUCAGUCGACAAAUAAACGUUGCAUUAUGGGAUGGCAAACAAAUCCUAAGCAAUGUUCAUACCAUCAGAACAUCUUUAACAGAAAGAGACCCAAUGCUUUGGAAUGUUGUCAAGAACCCUCAACUCAGUAUUUUUGAUGGUGAUUUUCUGGCCCGAUCUCAUAGCCAACUUUCCAAUGUUGGAAUUUUAUUUGAGCUGACAGUGAGUUUCAUUCGCGAGAAAACUGGUGAAAAGAGCGACGUAAGCUGUGGCUGGUGUGUCCUGAAACUCUUUCAAGAAACCGGUGCUCCAACUGAAAACAAGAAUUGGGAGCUUCCUUUAAACGGUGGAACGCCUUAUGAUAGUAAUAUCGAAUUGGAUCCAUCGGCUAACGCUAACGUAACGGGAGGCUUGAUGCAGUCUUUAUUAAGUAGAAAUCGUCAACCUCGUCUUGUUGUCAAGUUAGCACCCGUUACUAAAGUGGCAAAAGACCAAUUAUACGAUCUUCUACCAGAAACAUUGGUAACAGCUGUCCAGUAUGUACCGUUUAUCGCACUGUACAGAGAAAUCCUCGCUGACGAAUUGGUUCAAAAUAUUGACAGUAUUCCACAGACGAAUUUAAUCCCAGAUCCUUUGUUGAGUUCGUUUCCUAGAGUUUUAUCAUACUUUGAUUUCAUGGAUGCCUUGAAAGUAUCGUGGGAUGAAAGAGUAAAGAAAUCUCUACGACAGUCAAUGAGACAACGUGAUCGUCAGGAGAGAAAAAGACUGUUCCGUUCUGUUUAUAUGAACACCGUGUUUCCUUUGUUAAAACUGGUCUCUCUUCCACAGCUGGUGGCAGCUAGUCCAGAAAGUGAAGAGCAAAGAUCACGGAUGAUCCAGGAAUUCUUAGCAAGGAGGAAUACAGUGAACCAGUUAUUAUCGGACGAGUUUUCGUACAGGCCUUUCAAUAUAAAUAGGACGUGUCUUGAUAUCAUAUCUCGGCAUAGUAUACCCAGGUAGCACUAGCCUUGACAAUGUAUCA